GUUCUAUCUUCCUUAGACUGAAGUAAAGGAUCUGAAUCUGUCCUCCAGGCACUGCGCUAACGUUAUUUCUCUGUGUGCUCGGUGAUCUCCGCAGUGAUCUGCCGCUAAAUGAGCGCCACAUCGAGGGGAACCUGCUGGCGGCUCUGGUGACGCCGUGCGGCUGCUUGAGCGCAGGACGCAGCGCAGCGACGUUUCUGUUUUUUUCCGCCGCCGUUCCUCCUCACAACGGCUCGACCUGACGGGAGAUCCACCAUGGAGACCAAACCGGUCAUCACCUGCCUUAAAACCCUGCUCAUCGUCUACUCCUUCGUCUUCUGGAUAACAGGAGCCAUCCUGCUGGCGGUGGGAGUAUGGGGGAAGCUGAUGCUGGGCCCCUACAUCUCUCUGAUCGCCGACAACUCCACCAACGCCCCGUACGUGCUCAUCGGCACCGGCACCGUCAUCAUCGUCUUCGGCCUGUUCGGAUGCUUCGCCACCUGCAGAGGAAGCCCAUGGAUGCUGAAGCUGUAUGCCAUGUUCCUGUCGCUGGUCUUCCUCGCCGAGUUAGUGGCAGGGAUCUCUGGAUUUGUGUUUCGCCAUGAGAUAAAGGGAACCUUUCGCAGAACAUACAGCGACGCAGUCCUGAACUACAACGCCGAGGAUGAGGCGAGCCGUGCCGUCGACAACCUGCAGCACAAGCUGCGUUGCUGUGGCGUUUAUAACUACACCAGCUGGUUUGCCAGCGUCUACUACCCCUCCAACGGCAUUCCUGCCAGCUGCUGCUUCAACUCCUCCGACUGCAACCCUGAAGACCUCCGCAAUGCAACCGUAGCUCCGAGCAAGGUCUUCCACCAGGGCUGCUUUGAGCUGGUCACUUCAUUCAUGGAAACCAACAUGGCCAUCAUCGCAGGAGUGACGUUCGGGAUCGCCUUCUCACAGCUGAUUGGCAUGCUGCUGGCCUGCUGUCUGUCCAGGAUCAUCACAGCCAAUCAGUAUGAGAUGGUUUAGCUGAUGUGACGUGGCAGGGAGAUGAAGAGAAGCAGAGACAAAGCGCCUCGACACAUGACCAGAGUAAAUUCCCCCGAAACGCCGGCACACAUCUGAUUUGGAAUUUACCUCCCUCCGUCUCUCUGCCUGUGACCUUCAUGUAAUAUCUUAAUGUAUCUUACUGUAAAGCACCAUUCCUCCACUCACCGCAGCUGCAUCCAAGCUUUCAGUGCAUCACCACAUCGCCGCUUGACGUAGAAGUUGCUCAUUAGCGCAUAUCUGGGAUCAGUCCAGCCCACAGCGAGCAGGUAGACCGGAGCCGUCUGAUUGGACAGCGGCGACCGGACGCCACUCGGCUUCUCGGCUGGUUGCAGAGUGCUCCACCGAGCGUCAUCACAAGACCACUGCGCAUCUUUGUACAGAAUGACAUUACUAAGAGCUUGAAGGUUUAUUAGAUAGGUUUAGUUUUGCAUUUGACUUUGCUAUCGCUCAUCGCUGUAUAUUCCUACGGUUGUGACAUUUUUGUGAACAGGGGGAUGUUUUAAGUUUAUGUGAAAUAUAGGGGAACUGACAGAGGAGAGAAAAAGGGAGAGCUGUUGCAGAGUAUUUUUACCUAAAGAAAAAGCACGCUAGCUAUUUUUUAGUCCAGAUGAUUUAAUUUAAAUGAAUGACGCAUCGUGUGGUAAGCUGAAUAUCCGUUUAAGCCCCGAUCUGGAACAAAUACACAAGAACACACAGAACAAAUGCAAAUCUUUGCUGUAAGAGCUCCUUGGAAUGAAGCCGAACUCCACAUUCACAGCCUUUAAAUGCACCUGAAAUCAUUUUUUUUAUGCUUUUAAGUCCGUUUAAUGGGGAAAAGAAACAAACAAACCGGUUUAGUUGUGGAGUCUGAAGGCCUGGUUACACCGACUGCCACCUACAGAGCAAUAAACGGUAUAUAGAAAUACAGGUUUCUCUUUGUUCAAACUGCUUUCUACUCAGACAGAGGAGGUUGAAAUGGAUCGGCAACAAAAAGCACAGUUUCCUACAUUUAGUAGCCUCAAAGGUCAGCACUACAUAUGUCAAGAACAAAACUCAGAUCUCUUAACCCUCCUGUUGUCUUCAUUUACGGGCACCAAAACAUAUGGUUUCCUUGUCUGAAAAAAAUCCAAAAAAUCAGCAAAGAAAUUCCCCAAAAUUCUGAAAACUUGCAAAACCUUCAGAAAGAAAACUCCAAUAAUUCGUUAAAAGUUUGCCUUAAAAAUUUUAUUUAAUAAAAAUCGUCCAACUUUAAAAAAAAAAAAUCCUAAAAAUAUCUAAAGUGAUUCCAUAUAUAUCAGUAAAACUUCUAACAUUUGACAACCAGCAAAACUCACUGGAUUUUGGUUGAUUUUUUUGUGAAUGUUCUUAAGAAACAUUUUUAACAUUUCUCUUUUUCCUCCAAAAAAUGUUCAAAGAUUUCCCAAAAAUGUUGAAAAUAUGGAGAUCAGAUGUUUCACUGUGAAAAUAUGUUUCUCUCUCUCCCCCCCCCCCCCCCCACCCCCACACACACCCCCCACACACACACACAUUUUCAAAUUUUAAAACGGGUCACUUUGACCCGCAGGACAAAAGGAGGGUUAAAACUCAUCUGUGCAUCAGAAUGACCAAUUUGCAAUAGAAUAUUGUUACUUUUUAACUGACAAAGAAGCACGGAAAAGAUGGUUUUUACUUUGCUAAAGAGGAAGGUAAACACCAUCUUUUCCUCGCUUAGGUGUCCAUUAAAAAGGAACGCUAUUCUAAAGUAAGAAACAACAAAAUGAGCAUAAUCCAUCGACCGGUUUGCAAGUUUUUCCUCAUGAAAAUAAUCCCUUCCUGCACAGCUACGCUCUUGCUCCCUUUCUUUAGCUACACAUCCGUUGUUAGCCUGCAGCUCGAGCACACCAGCUCACCUCCAACUCUGCUGAAGCUACUCUACGCUACACAACGGCGAGCUGUAGUACUGGAGUAGUUUGACCACACAUGUUUGAGUUGCACCCUGUGGAAAUCCUCAAUAAUGGCGUCGAUGCUUAAUCUGAUCAUUAAAAACACAACGAGGACAUGUUAGCAAGAAAAAAAACUCAGACGAAAUUCACGGAAAUCUGCUUUGCCUCAGCAAGGUAAUCUAAUAUUUGCUGUCGUUACAAUAAAUGUAGUUUAUUUAGCCGUAAAAGGUUCGUAUGCUGGUGUGACCGGGCCUUUUCGGGCUUUAAAUUAGGCCUCCAGUGAUCUUUACAGUUAGCCGACUUCAAGUUCAUAUGAGGUGUCGUUGGAGGUAUUUAUGGCCUUUUGGAAAGGCCGAGAUGCAGUGAAAUCAAACAAAUAGUUGCAACGGGCACAAUUUCAGAUGAAAAGAAUAAAGGAGAAAGAUUGAGGCACGCAUUUGUAAUCAUGAAAUGUUCUUAAGUUGAAAAAUGUGCACAGAUUCUGGAUGCUGCUUGAUGAUCCAACAAGUACUUAAUUGAACCCUCCUGUUGUCCUCAUUAAGGGCACCUAAAAACACAGUUUCCUUGUCUGGAAAAAAAUCCAAAAAAUCAGCAAAAAGAUUUCCCAAAUUUCUUAAAAUUUGCAAAACCUUCAGGAAGAAAAUUCCAACAAUUCCUUAAAAGUUUUAUUUUAGAAAAAAUUCCCCAAAUUUUCAAAAAAUGAGUAAAAAUCUUCCGAAAAAUUCAAAAAAUAUCUAAAGUGAUUACAUGUAUAUCAGUAAAACUUCUAAUGUUUUUUUAAGAACAUUCACAAAAUAAUUCGCUGGAUUUUGGUUGUUUUUUUGUGAAUGUUCUUAAACAUUUUUCCCAUCAAAAAAUGUUCAAAGAUUUCAUAAAAAUGUGGAAAUGUGAACAUCAGAAGUUUCACUGUGAAAAUAUACUUUUUUUCCCACAUUUUCAAACUUUAAAACAGGUCAAUUUUGACCCGCAGGACGACACGAGGGUUAAAAAAUACUGACACCUAAAUAUCUAAAGUAAUCUUCUGCUACUUCUUUUUCUGUUUUUAUGCGACCGUCAGUAUUUAGCUUUAAAAACAGUGGAUGAAAAUCUGGUUUUUGCUGAUUUGUCGUAGUUAAAAUACAGCAAAGCAACCCUUUUUCAGCCUGUGAGGUUCAUAUCGGUCAUUAAUUCUUUUCUCCUGGUGGAAUUUAAAGCCAGCGGUUUGUUACAAGGACAGCAGUUGACAUUAGCGGGACUCAGACGGCGUUCGUCUCGUAUUUACAGUAUUCUGUGUAGUGCAUCGACAUGCUGCCAUCAUCAUCAUCAUCAUCUGUAGAUAUGUAUUGGAAAAUGUAAUUUAUAUGAUGUAAUGUUUCUCAUUCUAAUAUGCUAAUCGGUAUCAGUGUUGUGUCACGGUUUUGAAUCCACACUCUGUGCUGUUAACCCGUAUUUGUUUAAUAGUUUAUAGGAAACUCGCACUGGAAAAAAUACUUGUGGCCGAUGUUUUUGUUGAGAGUAACGCGCAACAUGUAGCCGUUUGAACUUAGCUGUAUAUUUAUCAUGGUUUGGUUGGCGUUCGGUUUACAGUUUCACCAAGUGAUUUUCUAUCUCUCUUUCAGUGUGUGUGUGUGUGAGAUUUAGUUUCUUUAUCUACUAUAACCCUGAGUGUGUCUACUUCUUGUAUGACGAGGUGUGUGUGUGUGUAGAGUGUGUGUGUGUGUCAGAGAGAGCGAGCGUCUCGACUUUGUGGAUCCCGUCGUAUUCAACUUUGGUCAGUAUUCAGUUGUGGCUUUUUGAAAGUUCUUGCUUUGAAAGCUGUACAUUUAUUUAGUGAAUGUAUGUUUUCCAGCACUCCGAAACUCUUACUUUACCUUCUCCGAACUGAUAUUGUUGACUGUAAAUACUAAAUUGUAAUACCAUCCAGCUUACACAUGGGGUCACUAGACACUCAAGAAGUAUUUCACCAUGCUGUCUACUAUUGACUAAGUCACCAUCAGUGGUCUUAUUAUCAAUAAAUAUACAGAAUAACA